AUGGAUAUUAUCCUGUCGUUUUGUGGCAUGUACUCAUUUAUUUUUGUCUGGGGAAACAAGAAGGCCAAAGCAGAUGUCAGGCAAGUACCUCUGAGGAGACCAUGCCACCAGCAAGCCCUUUUCCUCAUUGCUCUCUCCCUCAACCCAGAUGGCCGGAGGACCCAGAUGACCCUGUGAGCCAGUGUAGUAUAUGGUCAGAGUGUUGGGCUAGGAGCUGGAAUGGAAGACCAAGGUUCAAAUCCCCACUCAAAGUGGCCUGGGCCUAUAUCUAAUAUAUAUGUUUAUAUCAAUAGCAAUUUUAAUUAGGGUUGCCAGGUCAGGAUUACCCCAAACUCUUUAGAUUUCAGGCCCCAAACCUGAAACUUAGGGUGAUAUAAUGUUGGGUGGGCCCUGGAGAUGGAGGUUAAUUGGGAGAGGGUAGUGGCAGGAUGCCCGCCCACCCUAAGUGUCUAUGCUCUAAUUUGCAGUCAGCUCUUGCUGAGCUGAAGUUUGCAAGCUGCCUGUAAAUGUCUCCCCUACCUCCCAGACCACCUUUGCCUUAUGUGAUUGUCUUGUCAGAAUGGUAUUGCUGUAACACUCUUUUCCUCCAACAGCAUGGAGCAGUGUCUCUUACACAGAGGGGAAGCAUUCACCCUCACAGGUAGGUAAGCUCUCUGUUGGCAAAGGCCAGGCACUCUGCUUCAACCACUGCUGGCCAUAAACUCCUGAGCACUUUGGCCUUGUGGGGUCACAGCUCAGAUACAGGCAGCUGAAUAAGCUGCUCCUGCACACACCGAGUUCUUCUGGGUAUGAUCACAGUCCUUGCAGUCUCUCCCUUCACUUAUGCGGGUGUGCUGAGACACCAAGCACCGCUCAUUCUUUUCUCUCAUUGUCAAAAGCUCAGGAUAAGGCAUUGCUAGAGUGACUGGUUGACCGUGUCACACAUCUGUCUUUCCCUUUCACAAAUUCCUGCAUCCCGGAUGCCGGUCAAUAAAGUUUAUGACAUUGCCACACAUUGUGGCUUUACUGGGAGUGGUAGAUUAGGAUCCCUUUGCCACAACCUUCAGGAAUAUCUGUAUAUUUGAAUACCUACCAGAUGGCAGAGCGCAAGUAACAGGAAGGCUGGCCAGAUGUACUGGACUAGAUGGAGAGAAGUUACUUGCCCAAAGUCAUGAACAGAGUACAAGGCAGAGGUGGGAACAGCCUCACUGCAUUAAAAAAACAACCCUCAUGAUGUCCCUUUCAAUCAAUAUCAUCCUCAAACCGUUAAUUUUCCUCCCUGACCUGUCCAAAUAAUUUCCCUUUCCAAAAUUAUUUUUGACUCUCUUUACCCCCACAUGUGUUCCAUGUUCCUGCCGCCUACAUUACAGACCCUUUAGGUUGGCUAUUAUUAUUUAUAUCAUUUAUGAAUCACUUCUUGCAAGGGACCUCAAAGCAACUGGCAUUAUAAUGACAUAUAUAAAACAUUUUUUAAAAACUACACACACACGCGCGUGCAAUUGCAUGCAAAACCACAUAUUUAGCAGGCAUUGAAAAGCCAAUAGGGUAGGUUCUGUCUGAUAUGUGGAAUGGAGCCCCUGACAGGAUAGUACCUGCACUGUGCCUACUCCUACAGAACUCAGUGAUCAGCUGGGUAUGUGUAGGAUGAGGCAAUCUUUUAGGUAUCCUGCUAGGCUGUAUAGGGUUUUGUACACCAAUACCAGCAUCUUGAACCUAGCCUAGUAGGUCAUUGGCAGGCAGUGCAAUUCUUCAGCAGCGCCCUAAUGUGAUGGUGACGUUGGCUCAAAGUGAGUACGUACAGUAUUUGUAUUUUCAUUCCUUCCUUCAGGAGGUUUUGAGCUGAAGCUGCCAGGUGUCUAUGAGACUCCAUAG